GGUGAACCACAUGCAUCAAAUCCCACCAACCAUUUUGAACAAUUUAGCUAAUUAGGAGGACUAGACUAGUUUCCAAAUUUCUCAUCGACUAAAACCUCCAACAAUUUUAAGCCCAUUUAGCUCUCUCUGUGUUUUGUUAAUUUCUUGCUAGAUACAUGGCAAAAGAAGAGAAGAAAGUUGAAGUUAUUAUAGCGGUUUACAAAGCACAUUUGCAUUGCCCAAAAUGUGCACACGACAUUCAAAAACCUCUCUUAAAAAUCCCGGGAGUUCAUAAAGUCGAGACAAAAUUUGAAAAGGGUGAGAUCACAGUGAAGGGGACCGUUGAUGCCAAGAAGAUUCAUACCAGACUACAAAAAUGGAGCAAGAAAAAAGUUGAAUUAGUUUCCGAGACUAAAUCUAAGGAAGAAGAGAAAAAGAAGGAAACUAUAAGAACAAUCACUAUGAAGGCGUUCUUGCACUGCGAUCAAUGCGAAAGGGAAACACGUGCAAGGCUCUUAAUGCAUAGAGGUAUACAUAAUGUUAAGACAGAUGUAAAAGCACAAACGAUAACAGUUGAAGGAGUGAUAGAAGCAGAAAAGUUGAGGGCAUACAUGAAAAAGAAGGUACAUAAAUAUGCUGAAAUUGUACAAGAAAAGAAGAAAGAAGAGGAGAAGAAAGAGAAAGUAGUUAAGGUUGUUGAGGAGAAAACCAGUGUAAUUAAGGAGUUUAAGGAAGUAGAGAAAGUAGAGGUGAAAAUUAAAGAGGGUGGAACUCCUUAUUUCAUACAUUACGUUCAUGCACCUCAGUUGUUUAGUGAUGAAAAUCCUAAUGCUUGUUCCAUUAUGUAGAUACAAAUAUAUUUAUACAAUUAUAUUUAUGUAUAGGUUGAUUACGGUGAAAAUCACAAUUUAAAAUGAGAACUGCAAACACUUUACAAAUGUGUAAA